UAAAAUUUUCGAUCUUUCAUUUUACUUACUUUUAUUUCUCCAUAUAAAAAAAACUAUGUAUCAAACGAUCAUUCUAGGAUCCAUUCUAUUGGUAUCAUUUUAUAUUUUAAAGCGUUUUCGCAAACCAAAACUCAAUAUGCCACCUCUUGUUCGUUAUAAAAUUCCAAUUAUCGGUCAUACUUAUAGUUAUAUGUUUAAUUCCGAAGAAUUCAUCAAACAAUGCAAAAAUGAGUAUGGUGAAAUCUUUAGUAUAUAUAUAUGGGGUGAAGUGAGAACAAUUGUCGGAAAAGAAUAUUCGCAAGAGGUAUUAACAAGAGACGAUGCGUUUAGUUUUGGGAAAGCAUUUGUCGAAACAAUUCCGCUUGACUUAUUACUUAAACAUGCGGGUGUAACAAAUGUGCCAAAAUUGCUUAAAGAUUAUAUUUUUUGUAAAUUAAAUUUUUAUUCUGAGCGCAUGCAAAAAUGUCUUCAUUCUGCCAUUCAAAAAUAUAUUAAUACUAAUGUUAAUGAUGGUCCAAAAGUUUUUAAUAAUAUGUAUCUUUUAAUGACUAAAAUUAUUUCUACCCCUGUUUCAAAUAUUUUUAUUGGUGAAGUAAGAUUUAUAAGUGAUUUAUUGACACUUCAAAAAAUUCCACCAUUACUUAAUUUUUAUUAUCCAGGAUACCUCAACCGUAUUCUCGUUAGUUCAGGAUUAUAUAAUCCAGCAAUUAAACAUAGAAAUAUAUUAAUUAAAUAUAUUAAAAAUCAAGUUUGUAACCGUUUGCAAGGGAAAGCAAAAUAUGGUGAUUCUUGGAAACGUCCUGAUGAUUUACUUCAAGAUAUUAUAGAACAAGAAAAUAUUGAUCUUAAUAAUGUUAAUUAUUCUUCAUUAGCUGAUAAAAUAUUUGCGUUUCUUUUCGCUUCAAUUCAUACGACAUCAACCGGUUGUGCAAAUGCUUUAAUGGAUUUAGCUUCUCGUCCUCAAUAUAUGCAAGAAUUAUAUGAAGAACAAUUGGAAGUACAUAAAGAAGCUGAUGAGAAUGGUGUACUUCCAUUUGAAGCUCUUGAUAAUAUGAAAAAAUUAGAUAGUUUUAUUAGAGAAACUUUAAGAUUAACUGGUCAUAUAUUAGCACUUGAUCAUUCUGUAUUAAAAGAUUACACUUUCUCUAAUGGAUUACAAUUACCAAAAAAUCAUACAGUUAAGAUUUAUGUUGAUGAUAUUUAUCAAGAUGAAUCAUUACAAGGUCCAAAUCCGAAAUCAUUUGAACCAUUUAGACAUAUAGAUAAAAAUGCUCCUGCAUCAAAAAUUAGUAAAAAUUUUGUUCUAUUUGGAGCUGGUAAACACGCAUGCCCUGGAAGAUAUUUUGCUAUAAGCGAAAUCAAAUUUUUUAUGCAUAACAUUAUCUUAAAAUAUAAUAUUCGCACGGAGAGUGGUAAAAUUGAAGGAAGAAAGUUGUACGGUCCAACUGCAUACCCAAGUCCUAGUGGAAUUAUUAUCGAAAAGAGGAAGGCUAAGUGAAAUUUAAAAAAUAAAAUUUUUUCUUUACACUUGGUGCAAAAAGCAGAAAAUUUUAUAAUUGAUAUUAUCAAAAAUGAGUAGAGAUAUAUUAGUAAACUUAUCCCGGUGAUCCAA